UAAAAGAAACAAAUACAAAACCGAAAAAGAAAAAUCAUUAUUAUUAGAUUAGAUCGAUGCAAACCCUAUAAAAACGCUAAAUUUAAUCAAUCUCUUACUCUUUAUUCUCUUAAAAAAUGUUCAAAAAGUUUUCAAGUGAUGAAGUAUCGUCACAAAACCAAGUGAAAGCAUCAGUUCAACGAAAAAUUCGACAAAGCAUUGCUGAUGAGUACCCUGGGCUUGAACCAGUAUUGGAUGAUUUGCUUCCAAAGAAAUCCCCUUUAAUUGUUGUUAAAUGUCAGAAUCAUUUGAAUCUGGUGGUGGUGAAUAACGUGCCAUUGUUUUUUAAUAUAAGGGAUGGACCUUACAUGCCUACUCUACGACUUCUUCAUCAAUAUCCAAACAUAAUGAAAAAAUUGCAAGUUGACAGGGGUGCCAUAAAAUUCGUCCUUUCUGGUGCUAACAUAAUGUGUCCUGGACUUACAUCUCCCGGCGGUGCAUUAGAUGAUGAAGUAGAUGCAGAAACUCCUGUGGCUAUAAUGGCUGAAGGAAAGCAACAUGCUCUCGCUAUUGGCUUUACAAAAAUGUCAGCAAAAGACAUAAAGACAAUCAACAAGGGAAUUGGUGUGGACAACAUGCAUUAUCUCAAUGAUGGCCUUUGGAAGAUGGAGCGUUUGGAUUGAGGUUUUCUCCCAGAAAAACUGCAGUGUUGUCGUUUAUACAAGACAGAGCAUAUAUUAUUUGCCACGACGCGGCUACGCAGAUGUCCUGUCUCCUGAUGUUGCUAAAGUAGUUUGUGUGAAGUUUUCUUUGCUCGUUGUCACCUUUUUUCCCUGUACACAACAGAAAUUGAUUUUACCAUGUAGAUCUACCGUUUAAUGAGUCGAUCAUGGAUAUUACUUUUCGCAGAUAUCUUGAGAACAGUGGUGGCUAUAUC